AUGUAUGGUUUAAUUUCAUUGGGAACUCUCCUGCUACUUCUUGAUAACGCACAAUCUGAGGAGGAAUGCUUUGCAGUAUGUGCCCAAAAUCACACAACUGAAAGGUCCCAAACCGCGUGCAAGGAGGGAUGCCGUCUGCAAGUAAUUUUUGCAUUUGCAUCCGACAGUGUAAUAUCAGCGAGGGAAAACUGUUACAACGGUUGUGUCAGGUCAUAUAAUGAUGAAGCGGAGAAGCAGGCUUGUUCAUUUGGCUGUGAUAAACAGCCAGAUAUGAAGAAGUCCAGAAUUCAUGUAUCAAUAACAAAUAAGAGUCCUACAUUUCAAGUGGCUCGCGGAGCAAUGGAAAAAAUGAUACGUCGCAUAAGCAGUUCAUUGCCGUUAUUGGGGGAAUCGGGUUCAGCAUCCUUAGAAGAACGUGAUGAGCGAUUCUGGGAUGAUCCAUUUGCGCAAUUCCAUUUUCACAUGCAGAAUGAAAUGGCACGACUCCACCAAAUUGCUCAGAAUAUUCUCAAUUUGCAACGCGCACAAACUGUGAUGCCAGUUAUUGCUAAAAACAGACCAGAGGGGCAUGAGGAGAAUGCAAUUGAAGGAUUCCAUGUGGGAAACAAUGACAAGAAUGGAGAAAAGAUUAUGGAGGUGAAGCCAGUAGAGUUCAAGAAUGAAGAGCAGCGACUUCUGGGAUAUGGAGGCGAAAAUCCAACUGUUGUGGAGAUCCCGGAAUCGUCGCUUCUUUCUCGAUUAGCAUCACGAGCUCGUCGUCUUUCGCUACUCAGUCAAUGGCUUGUUUGCGUUGCGCUUUUCCUUUGUUUUGUUUCAAUGCUUUCUAUCUCAGUGGCAAUUUUGAAACAGAUCAAAUCGCAAAAGUAUCUGAAUCUGAAGAACGUGCAUUCGGUUAUCCCAUCAGCAUUCGCAGAAUCUCUUGCAGCAAAGAAAAUACCACUGGAAUCUGCAGUUGUAGUAACCGAUUAUCCGCUGAUUCACGAUACUCCCCCUCCGGCUUAUGAUCAACUUUCAGUUCAUAAGGAGAAACAUUGA